AAAAGAAAAAAACCGUCCCAUACGAUGCUUUGGAAAGUUUUGUAUAGUCUUACCUUUCCAUUUGUGCCAAAAGUGUUAAUUAUGGAAAUAAAAUAUAAAACACAAAAUCAUUGAAUCUUCAUGUGGUAGUUCGCAUAGCAUCACUACCUCUCACCUUGGCCGUUGAUCCAAAUUAAUCCAGCGGCCUCACCAUCUCCGGCCGUCUUCUCUGCUUGUCCAGCCACUGUAGAUAAUACUUCAGCCUUUUUGUUCACCAAUUCAGCGACAGCAAAGCUGAUUGAUAACCAGAGCCUUCCCUUACCUCCUCACCUGCAUCGACACCUAAUCUCCCAAUUCUACUUCUCAAACCCUUUUACUUGAUUAACCCUCCUCCGUCUUUUACUUGAAGAUAACUAGAGCUAAGAUUUAAUGGAAAAGUUGUAAACAAAACUCUGUUUGAAGGCUGUUGGGAUAAUCUAAUGGGUGACCAGAAGAAAAGGCAUAGAAUUCUGAUGGUCUCGGAUUUUUUCUACCCCAACUUUGGUGGCGUGGAAAAUCACAUCUACUAUCUCUCUCAAUGCCUGCUGAAGCUUGGUCACAAGGUGGUAGUUAUGACUCAUGCUUAUGGAACUCGUUCUGGGGUGAGAUAUAUGACUGGUGGACUGAAAGUUUACUACUUACCAUGGAAACCCUUCCUUAUGCAGAAUACAUUACCAACUUUCUAUGGGACUCUACCGAUUAUUAGGACUAUCCUUAUUCGAGAAAAGAUAUCGUUGGUACAUGGGCAUCAGGCUUUCUCAACACUUUGUCAUGAAGCUUUGAUGCAUGCUCGAACUAUGGGGUAUAAGGUUGUGUUUACUGAUCAUUCACUCUAUGGUUUUGCUGAUGUGGGGAGCAUCCACAUGAACAAGGUAUUGCAGUUUACUUUAGCGGAUGUAAGUCAGGCCAUCUGUGUCUCUCAUACAAGUAAAGAAAACACAGUGCUACGAUCAGGUUUGCCACCAGAAAAGGUUUUUGUAAUACCUAAUGCUGUUGAUACAGCAAUGUUCAAGCCUGCUCCACUGAGACCAAGUGGUAAUGAAAUUAUUAUCAUCGUUAUAAGUAGAUUGGUUUACCGGAAGGGUGCGGAUCUGCUGGUUGAAGUUAUUCCAGAAGUCUGCCGUCUAUAUCCCAAUGUUCGUUUCAUUGUUGGGGGAGAUGGACCUAAACGUGUGCGGUUAGAAGAGAUGAGGGAGAAACAUUCUCUUCAAGAUCGAGUUGAAAUGUUGGGUGCUGUACCACAUGCCCUAGUGCGAUCUGUCCUUAUUUCUGGCCAUAUAUUCUUAAACAGUUCUUUAACAGAGGCCUUUUGCAUAGCCAUAUUAGAGGCUGCUAGUUGUGGAUUAUUGACAGUUAGUACACGCGUAGGAGGUGUCCCAGAGGUUCUACCAGAUGAUAUGAUUGUACUAGCUAAACCAGAUCCUGGUGAUAUGGUACAAGCAAUCAAGAAGGCAAUAUCUAUACUUCCCAAGAUUGAUCCGCAAAUCAUGCACAACCGUAUGAAAGAACUCUACAAUUGGCAUGAUGUUGCCCGAAGGACAGAGAUUGUGUAUGAUCGUGCUUUGAAAUGCUCAAAUCAAAAUCUUCUAGAACGACUUUCACGGUACCUUUCAUGUGGAGCAUGGGCAGGGAAGCUUUUUUGCUUGGUUAUGAUCAUUGAUUUUUUGCUGUGGCGUCUACUGCAAAUAUGGCAGCCUGCAGGGAAUAUAGAAGAGGUGCCUGAUUUUACUAUAUCCCAUGAUCAAGACUAAGGAAUCUUGAAGCAUUCAAUCAUAAACAAAAGCUUUAACUGAUAUGUUUCAUCUUCCAAGUGCUCAUGAUUUUUCUUUUUUUCUUUUUUUUCUCUUUUUCUUAUUUCUAGUUCUGUAAAUUUUUUUUAAUUCUUCUUUUUUGUGUAUUAUUUAUUUUUUUUAUAUAUUUCUUUUUGUGUUUGUAAUGAAUUGUAAUCCAAGAUAGGACAGUGAAUGAAAAUGGAAUUUCUCAAAAGUUUGAGAUCCAGGAUUUUCUAUGUAUUUAAGUCCAAUUAAAAUUAAAUAAAAAAAUAUUUUUUAAAAUAAUAUAAAAAAAUGAAAGUUUUAAAUAAUUAAUAUAUCAUGUAGUAAUGAUGGUAAGCAAAGUCUCCCACGGACACAACCAUGCGGAUGAGCUCCAUAAACAUGGCGGCCAUGCAUGAACCACCGGCUCUGGCCCACUCCACCAAGCCAAUGGUGGCAUUCACGACGCCUCCCAACUACGCCACCAGGCUUUCCAACCUCCUCUCCCUCAAUGGCUUCGUCCCACUCUCUUCC